GAAUACACAUACUGCAGCAUGUUUGGUUUCGUGGUGCUGACCUGCGUGCUCUGCGUAGGACAAGCUGCAGGACAAAGAGAUGGUGAAAUUAUAAAUCAGAUUAAAAUGUCAAACCACGCCUUGACGGAGAUAAGAGAGCUUCUAAAACAAAUGAUCAAAGAGAUGGUAUUCCUUAAAAAUACAGUGAUGGAGUGCGAAGCCUGUGGGAUGGGUGGAGGGCUACCUCGACCAUCUUGUGUACCCAAUCCAUGCUUCCCUGGCGUAAAGUGUAUGGAGACACCUCAAGGUCUAAAUUGUGGACGCUGUCCCGAGGGCAUGGAGGGUAACGGCACCCACUGCACUGAUGUGGAUGAGUGUUCUGUGAUACCAUGCCACAUGGGUGUCCGGUGCAUCAACACAUCCCCAGGGUUCCGCUGUGGUUCUUGUCCCUCGGGAUACACUGGCCCUCAAAUACAAGGCGUUGGCAUGGCUUUCGCCACUGCUAACAAGCAGGUAUGCAAGGACAUCAAUGAGUGUGACAGCCACACAAAUGGGGGUUGUGUAGAGAAUUCCAUCUGUAUGAACACUCCAGGCUCCUUCAGAUGUGGCCCCUGUAAGAAAGGCUACAUAGGUGACCAGCGACGUGGCUGCAAGCCUGAGAGGGCAUGUGGGAAUGGCCAACAGAGCCCUUGUCACGCCAGCGCAGAGUGCAUCAUGCAUCGAGACGGCAAGAUUGAAUGUCAAUGUGGAGUAGGUUGGGCAGGCAACGGGUUCCUGUGUGGGCCUGACAUUGACAUUGAUGGUUUCCCAGACGAGAGGUUGGACUGUGCUCAGAGAAACUGUGCCAAGGAUAAUUGUCUCACUGUGCCGAACUCUGGUCAAGAGGAUGCUGAUCGUGAUGGAAUUGGAGAUGCCUGUGAUGACGAUGCAGAUGGAGAUGGGAUCCCCAAUACACAGGACAACUGCGUGCUGGUACCCAAUGUGGACCAAAGGAACCUCGAUGAAGACGAUUUUGGUGAUGCUUGCGACAACUGCCGUGCUGUCAAAAACAACGACCAAAAGGACACCGAUGUGGACAAAUAUGGCGAUGAAUGUGAUGAAGAUAUCGACGGGGAUGGAAUCCCCAAUUACCUGGAUAAUUGCAAAAGAGUUCCAAAUGCUGACCAAAAAGAUCGUGAUGGAGACAAAGUUGGAGAUGCCUGUGAUAGCUGUCCCUAUGAUCACAACCCAGACCAAUUGGACGCAGACAACGACCUGAUCGGAGACCCUUGCGACACUAACAAAGACAGUGAUGGCGACGGUCACCAAGACUCUCGUGACAACUGCCCAGCCGUCAUUAACAGCUCCCAACUGGAUACCGACAAAGACGGUAAAGGAGACGAGUGCGAUGACGACGACGAUGAUGAUGGCAUUCCGGACCUGCUGCCACCGGGUCCCGAUAACUGCCGUUUAAUCCCUAACCCCUUGCAGGAGGACUCCGACGGCAAUGGCGUAGGUAAUGUGUGCGAAAAGGAUUUCGACAACGACACCAUCAUUGACACCAUCGAUGUUUGUCCUGAAAAUGCCGAGGUCACGCUCACAGACUUCAGGGAGUAUCAGACUGUGGUUUUAGACCCAGAGGGGGAUGCUCAGAUUGACCCCAAUUGGGUGGUGCUGGACCAGGGAAGAGAGAUUGUUCAAACAAUGAAUAGUGAUCCUGGGUUGGCUGUUGGUUACACUGCUUUUAGUGGAGUCGAUUUCGAAGGGACUUUUCAUGUCAACACAGUGACAGAUGACGACUAUGCAGGAUUUAUUUUCGGGUACCAAGACAGCUCCAGUUUUUACGUGGUCAUGUGGAAACAGGUGGAGCAGAUCUACUGGCAAGCAAACCCAUUCAGAGCAGUGGCAGAACCGGGCAUCCAACUGAAGGCAGUAAAGUCAAACACAGGCCCUGGCGAGAACUUGAGGAACGCCUUGUGGCAUACCGGCGACACGAACAAUCAGGUGAAACUGCUGUGGAAAGAUGCUCGAAAUGUUGGCUGGAAGGACAAGACGUCUUAUCGGUGGUUCCUCCAGCACCGACCGGCUGAUGGAUACAUCAGAGUUCGGUUCUACGAGGGUCCUCAGAUGGUGGCAGACACAGGGGUCAUUAUAGACGCCACAAUGAGAGGGGGUCGACUUGGGGUCUUCUGCUUCUCACAGGAAAACAUCAUCUGGGCCAACCUGCGAUACCGCUGCAACGAUACUUUACCAGAAGACUUCGACAACUACCGUGGACGGCAGGUUCAGCUGGUGGCCUAA